AGCAUCAGCUACUAAAAAAAGAAACAAACCUAUUGGUUUCUGCUUCUAUUAUUACCGCUGCUUUUUGAGUGCAUUCCAAUAAAUGUUCGAUUGAUAUUAAACUUUAAAAUAAAUACUAAUAAUUAGUCAGUUUUUAAAAGCGCUGAAUUGGCGGUGUCGUGCAACCACUGCAUCCACAAUUAAAGACAGUAUUACACAAAUUGUGGUUUUGAAACAAAUUAUAUCGGAAUGUUAUCUCACGUCUUACGGGCGCGUCCAGUGGCACAAGUUGUAAAACAUGCAGGUCUUAAUUUUGGGGCAGGCACGAAUGCACUUAGUUUUGGAAGCACUAUUCGCGCUAAGCCUGACUGGAUGCCGCGACGUACUAAAGUAAUGGUUGCACCGUAUAUUAUUCAGCAGCACGAGCACAAAUUUAAUGAGGGGAAACAGUAUCAUGGAUUUGAAUGUAUACGAGUGGAAUGUGUGCCAGAAUUUGGUAUCAUGUCAUAUACGUUUAGGCACAUUGGAAGCGGUACGGAACUGUGGUACUUAGAUCGCAAGGAUUCAAAUAAUGUGUUCUCAGUAAAUUUUCGCACAACUCCCUUUGAUUCGACUGGAUUGCCGCAUAUUCUGGAACACAGUGUAUUAUGCGGGUCGAAAAAAUAUCCCGUGCGAGAUCCGUUUUUCAAAAUGCUGAAUCGAUCCGUGGCCACUUUUAUGAACGCUAUGACCGGUCCAGACUACACAAUGUACCCCUUCUCUACUAUGAACGAAACAGAUUUCAGGAACUUACAAAAAAUUUACUUGGAUGCAGUAUUCAGACCGAAUUUGGAAUACAUGGAUUUUCUGCAAGAGGGUUGGCGAUUGGAGCACUCGAAUGUGCAUGAUAAAUCUUCAGAGUACGUAUUAAAAGGAGUCGUUUAUAAUGAGAUGAAAGGCGCAUUCUCUGAGAAUGGUUCAUUAUUCUCCCAAAACCUGCUUAACAAUUUGUUACCGUACCACACGUAUGGAUUUGUAUCCGGCGGUAAUCCACUCGAGAUACCAAAACUAACACAUAAAAAUUUGGUGGAUUUUCACACAAAAUAUUAUCAUCCAAGCAAUGCUCGUAUGUACACUUACGGAAAUUUCGAUCUACAAAAGACACUAGACUAUGUAAACAGUGAAUACCUGAGCCAAUACAAUGCCAUAGAUAACUCCUAUAGCCGCAUACCAAGCCAGCCACGUUGGGAUAAACCGCGUAAUGUUCAUAUUUCUAGCCGUUUUGAUAACAUGGGAGCACCAUUCGAAAAACAAAAUCAAAUAGCCAUUGCUUUGCUAAUGUCAGAUGUAACAGAUACACAAGAAACAUUCGUGCUGCACGUGCUGUCAGAAUUGCUAGUACGUGGACCUAACUCAUCUUUCUAUAAGAGUCUCAUCGAACCCAACUUCUCUGGUGGCUACAAUCAGGCGACGGGUUAUGAUCCUCAAAUAAAAGACACGUUCUUCUGCGUCGGCUUGCAAGAUUUGCGUGUAGAGGAUUUUGCACGUGUUCAAGAACUUUUUGAUGUAACUAUAAAAGGGGUUAUUGCCGAUGGAUUUGAACCUAGUCACGUGGAAAGCGUGCUGCACAAUAUUGAGUUACUACUUAAACAUCAGAGUCCACAAUUUGGCAUGGGUCUGCUAUUUAACUCCACGCCAUUGUGGAAUCACGAAGGCGAUGUAGUAUCCAGUUUACGGGUAUCCAGUAUGGUUGCUAAUUUCCGCAAGAAUCUAGCGAAAGAUCAGAAAUAUUUGCAACGUAAGGUGGAACAGUAUUUUGCAAACAAUUCACAUCGCCUCACAUUAACUAUGUCGCCUGACGAUCAUUACGAAGACAACUUUAAAACCGCUGAACUAGAUUUAUUGAAGCAGAAAAUUAUGGCUCUCGAUGAUACAAAACGCAAAGAAGUCUAUGAAAAUGGUAUAAAACUGGAAAAAGCACAAAAGGUCACACCAAAUUUGGAACUUUUACCUUGUUUGAAUUUAGCGGAUGUGCAAGAAAUGCCUAAAAUGCCAUCUAUUGAAGUUCUUCGUAUACGUAAUGUGCCGACACAGGUUUGUCACGUUCAUACAAACGAUAUUUCGUACUUAAAAUUGCAUUUUAAUGGAGACAACUUAAAUGACGAAGAAGUUAUGUUGUUGCCACUUUUUUGUAAUGUCAUUAACGAUAUGGGUACGAGCAACUAUAGCUUCAGAGAAUUCGACAAGCUUGUGUUGUCGAAGACUGCUGGUAUUGAUUUUAAACUGCAUUUCGCGGAGAAUAUUUACGAUAGCAAAUCGUACUUAUUGGGAGUUUAUAUGACUACACAUGCGCUAGAUAAUAAUGUGGGCGACAUGUUUGAGUUUACUACUGAAUUACUCACAAAGUUUAAACUAGAGGACACUGAGCGUCUGAGUAUGCUAAUUGAUAAUUACGUAUCCAAUAUCUCAGUGGGCAUUGCGAGCUCAGGCCACUUGUACGCCAUGCAGAGUUGCGCUGGCUUGGUAACAAAUGCUGCGAAACUAAAGUCCCACCUUGCAGGAGUAGAGCAUAUUGAAUUCAUGAAGAAUUAUGUAAGACAAAACAAGACUGAAGAUAUCAGAGAAAAGCUGAAGAUGUUGGGCCAGAAAUUAUUUUUGAAAAAUGUUAUGCGCUGCGCCCUGAAUACUUCCGAAGAGUUCUACCCCUCACUGACAAAACACUACGAACUAUUUCUUGGAAAUAUGCCAGUCGAUUCAAUAUCAAAGAAAUGUGACGAGCACAGCAUCAGUAUGCUCGAACCAAGUCAACAGCACUUUGUCAUGAACAUCCCAGUUAAUUAUUGCGCCAAGGCAUUCUUUGCCGUACCAUACACACAUCGUGAUCAUCCAACCCUGCGUGUGCUAGCUAAAUUAAUUUCCGCCAAAUAUCUGUUACCAGUAGUACGCGAACAGAAUGGUGCCUAUGGAGCGGGAGCCAAGAUUGGAUCGGACGGAAUAUUUAGUUUUUUCAGCUACCGUGAUCCAAAUUCAACUAAAACACUACAGGCAUUCAACAAUACAUACCAGUGGCUGCAGGAACACAACACGGAAAUAACUGAGCAAGCUUUGUUUGAAGCCAAAUUGGGUGUAUUGCAGCAAUUGGAUGCACCUAUUGCACCCGGAAAUGUUGGCAUUGACUUUUUCCUUUACGGCGUUUCUCAGGAAAUGUUCUCUAAGUAUCGUGCACGAAUGCUCUCCACGUCAUUAGAUGAAUUGAAAUCAGUGGUUGAACGUUACUUUAAGAAUGAGCCUGCACAUUUUGGUUAUUGUCUGCUUGGGCCUGAAAACAAGGAGUUGGAAGCGGAGACGAAUAUGAAAUGGAAAGUCAUUUCCUAAAUGGAUAUUAGACAAUUGGUUGACGAAACAUAGCGUUUAUACGCAUAGCGUAAGCGCAGGUUACCUUAUAAAAAUUUUAAACAUACAUUCGUAUAUAUGUAAACGCACAGGUCACGAACAUUUUUUUUUAGUAGUACUUGUCUGUCUAAAAAGGGCUUUUAGUUUUUGUUUCCUCUUUUCUUGGUGCGAUAAUGUUGUAUUUUUGAAUGUGAAAUUCAUGACUAAUGAGUAUCCUGUUUGCAAUACUAUACUUAGCGACUAUGAGCGAAUUAAAUUUAUUCCUUAAUUAUUUUAUUUAUUAAAUAAAUUACUACGACAACUGUUAUGUCGCUAUACUAUUAAUUAACUCCUAAAGAAAGGAAAUUCUGUAUAUAUUAAUUUCACAAACUGUUGAUAUUUAAGGUAAUUUAUGGCUUGUUAACAAAUAGAAAUGGAGUUCUUUAAAAUAUCUUCACGAGGAAGUUGAAUAAUAAUAAAAAUUCGGAAAUCAUCAUUUA